ACGCAAAUGGUCUCCUUAUCCAUAUUCUCCCGGACACCGUAAGGUGCAAGGCUUGAGAUAAGAGGACAUAGAAACGAUACGUCUUCACUCUUCUGGAUUCUAGAGGGAAAAUUUAAAGAUGGCGGAUGCAAUAAGGGGCUUCACCAUCACCAAACCGACGCACCUUCACCGUCACGUCCCAAAGAGAAGAUUGGACAUGAACCCAUCUUCGAGACUGCUUGAAAUGAGGAAGAGCAAAAGGGCCUCUCUGUGUAAAGUGAAUGCCUUCCCAGAUUGGACUCUGAUGGCGGUUUUAGUCGAGCAGGUUGAAGGCCAGAGGGAAUUCAUUAGCAACAAGUCAAUAUGGCACCUUAGUGACAAUGCCCUGAAGAGUGUUUAUACUUUCUACAUCAUGUUCACUUGUUGGGGAUGCUUGUUCUUCGGCUCCACAAAAGAUCCAUACUAUGAUUCGGAAGUAUACAGGAAAGAUGGAGGAGAUGGUACUGGUCACUGGCUUUAUGAGAAGCAAGAAGACAUCGAAGAAUCAGCUAGAGCGGAGCUAUGGCGCGAGGAGCUGAUCGAGGAGAUCGAACAAAAAGUAGGAGGGCUUCGAGAGCUGGAAGAAGCCGGAAGAAAAUAGGAGGUGCUGAGCAGGGGGUUGCUGAUGGGCUUCUUGUUGUAGGACUACUUUCCUUUCUCUUCUUCUCCGGUUUUAAAAUGAAUGUGAUCAUGAGCAUGGUGACCUUGCUACCGUUCAGUUGCGAAAGGUAAAUGACCAGGCUUGAGGAAGUACUCAUUGAAAAGCAUAUGCUUUAUUGCUUAGUCUCUGGUUUCAAAGAGAUGAUCCUUUGUCCAUCUUUCGGCGAGUGAUACUUUCAACAUUGGUAUGCAUAUAUAGAUUGCUGAGGAAGCAAAGUAAUAACCAUUGAUAGAGAAUAAAAGAGUCCAUCUUAGUUUUUA